AACAGCACCACCAAGACUGCCAUCGUCAUCGCCGGUCCAUGUGGCUCUGGCAAGUCAACUCUUAGCUUGGCCGUAUCAUCUACGCUCAAAGUUCCUUUCGUCGAAGGUGAUUCACUCCAUACCCGAUCAGCGGUAGAGAAGAUGGAGUCGGGCACGGCGCUUGUUGAUGAGGAUAGAUCAUCAUGGUUGAAGAGGCUGUGUGUCCGCGCUCAAGAGACCCUCUUUGAUCUCGGCUAUGACUCAGUUGUCAUGAGUUGCUCUGCUUUGACAACUGCUUACAGAGGUACAAUGCGCCAGCAGUUGCAGAAGCAACGCGUCAGGGUGCUGUUCGUAGACCUGCAGGCUGGUGCAGAUGCCUUGGCUCAACGCUUGGAAACGCGUGCAGGACACUACAUGAGUGCAACUAUGGUCAACGGGCAAAUUGAUCUCCAUGAGGAUGCGGCUGUGGAGGAAGUGGACGUGUUCCCCAUAGAUACAGAGGCCGGGAAAGCAAAGGUUGCAGAAGAGGCAUUUUGGUUUUUGGCAAAGAUUGUGAAUUAG